AUGACCAGUCUCUUCGUCCGUCCUAAGCGCAUCUUUGGACUUGUAUCAGCAGCGCACACGUCAUUUGAGAAGGCGAAAGCCCUUCUGGUUGCUGCCGUCCACCUGACUCAUAUUCAUGCUUAUUCAUACACCUCUCUGGUGGUCGAUGCUUCCAGUGUGUCUGUCGGCGCGGUUCUCCAACGUCUGCCUGAAGCGACCUGGUCUUUGGCUUUCUUCUCCAGGAAAUUAUCCGGGGCCGAAAUCCGCUACAGUUCAUCCGGACGUGAAUUUCUUGCCGUUUAUCUUGACGUAAGGCACCUCCGGCAUUUACUGCAAGGUCGAGAGUUCACAAUUUCACGGACCGUAAGCCACUCAACUUUACUUUGCAUUCCCAUUCUGAUAAACUAAACCCCGGGAGAUCCGCUUAACUAACCUUAAUCUCUAUCCCCUGAGUUAUAGGCAGUUGCGCGGAGACAUGAUACAAACUUUCCGUAUCGUGCGCGGCUUGGAUUGUGCCCUUCGGCGCGAUGACUUGUUCCCACUCGCCACUACAACUCACCUACGGGGACAUCCCUUCAAGCUACGUGUGCCACAGGGUAGACUGAAUGUGAGAAAAUAUUUCUUCUCCAACCGUGUCGUGGAACCGUGGAAUAACCUGCCCGAGACAGUUGUUAUGUCUCAGUCUGUGGAGACAUUUAAAUGUCGCCUUGACAGAUAUAUGCUGCAGCAACAAGCGGACCAUGUGACUUUUUAGCCAUGUGACUAUUGACAUAUGUGAAUCAAUGUAUGCAUUCACUUAAUGCUGUAAUUUAUUCACAUUUUUGCUUGUUUAUCGAUUUUUUUAUGUACAGAUAGGGAGUUCAAAGGCGUAAGCCUAUUUCCCUCAAAUACACUGACUGACUGACUGGGAUCCGUCACCUGGACUAUUUGUCGCAGUUCACUUCAGACAUCCGCCAUAUUGACAGGUCACGGAAUGAGGGGGCUGACGACUGUCUAGGCGCUCUAUCGCUCACUUCCAGCCUUCACCCGUGAUCGACCUCGCUGAGAUGGUCGCUGGACAACGCCGUAUCGGUUCACCCUGUGAUGACGAUGUUUCCGGACUCCAAUUUCAAGUCAAGGUCAAGGCGCGCAGCUCAAUUUCAAUGAGAAGUGAAGCUUUGCAUUUACUUGGAUAUUCUGAAGCAAUUAAUGCCAUUUUUACUUGAGUCCCUUUUAAAAGUCGCCUUUCAAUAUAAGGUAUAAUUUUUCCCAGUUUUGUCUGACGGUCUGGCAAAAUAGUCGUAUUUUGUAAAAAAAACCUUUGUUGAGAGUCCUUUCCCUACUAUCUCUUUCUAGUUUUCGUAGUAAAAUAACAGUAGUACUUGCUAUUCAGUGCGUUUUUCUGUAGGUUAGCAACGUUUUGAUCCUUCUACUGUAACGAAAAACUUAUCUUGUCUGUAAUGCCCCGCAGAGCUGGUGCUAAAAGACGAAAGCUUGCGGCCUCCCCACAGUCUCCGGGUGCUAGAAUCACCACCGAAGACAGAGCAGUUGUCAGCAUAUGUUCUUCGCCUUCUGCAGAUAUGGUUAACUCGCAAAUCCCUUUAGUACAUGUAGAACCUCUUGACCCUUCAAUCUUCCAAAAAUACGCCUCUGCUAGUCGUAGCAGGCCAUCUGCCGACGAAAUACUUGAUCAGUUGAUAUAUGGCGACACAAACAAUACUUCUGAAAAAGAAAUUGAACAAAUGUUGUGGAACAGAAAGACCUGGGCGUCCUAAUGACCUCCUCGCUGAAACCAUCAUUACAGUGUCAAAGGGCAGCCAAAAGUGCGAUAAGGGUGUUAUUUGCGCUGAGGCGAGGAUUUGUGCAGAUCAACAAGGAGCUGUUCGGAAAAACCUAUGGGACAUUCGUCCGGUCUCACUUAGAGUAUGCAGUUCAGGACUGGUGACCGUGGUUGAAGAAAGAUUAUCAACGACUGGAAAGAGUACAGGCGAUGGCUACGAAGAUGGUCAGGAAUCUUCAUCAUUUGCCUUACGAAACCAGGCUGACCGAACUAAAUCUGUUUCCUCUAAAUUACAGGCAACUGCGCGGCGAUCUCAUUCAAACCUACAGGAUUGUCAGAAGCCGUGAGUGUGCCCUAGACUUUGAUGAAUUCUUUGAAUUGGCCGGGACUGACCGUCUGCGUGGUCAUCCCUUCAAACUGCAAAGGAAGCAGGCUCAUUCGGACGUCCGACGGAACGCCUUCUCUCACAGGGUCAUCGGGGCAUGGAAUGGACUCCCUGAUGCCGUCGUUCUUUCCGAAUGUGUCAAAUCCUUUAAGUGAAGACUAGAUGCUCAUAUUUUGAGAACUUACUGUAUAUAUAAUAAUGAUUGUUUUAGCAGCAGCAGUUUGCGCCAAGAUCACACUUACCGCUAACUUUUUAACUUUUCGCAUUUGCUGAUGUAAUUGAUGACUUUAUUUCUGUUUAUCAAUAUGAAUAGGGAGCUCAAGGGCGAAAGCCUCGUUCCCCUAAUAAACUAACUUAAACUGACUUAGGCUUUUAAACUUAUUGGGGUUAUAAGUUCUGAAACUGAGGAGAGAAUUAAACGCAAGCAUAAUUUUGUACUGCGAAACAUUCCGAGCCACUUAUCUGCUAUGGAGGGAGCGCAUUUGCUCCACAAAGUUGUGGCUUGAGUUUUAGUGUCGCACAAGCUAAACGACUGCUAUCCCUUAGCCGUAAUGCGCCGAUCCUAGUUACCUUUUCUCCAUGAUAGAAGUCGAUUUUAUCUUGUCGAGAAGGGAGAUAACUAGAGAAUUCUGUCGUAAAUGGCACUGCUUCGUUUCGCCAGACCUCACACCGCCGCUGCGAAGACUGAAUAAAUUAAAAUCGGCAAAAACCAACAGCAGGAUAAUGACACCUACUGUCAGUUUGAAUAAGUCCUUUACAACACUAUCUGCGGCCUCCGCACGUCACGACAUAGUCAAUACCGUAGGGAAUUCGACUAAUAUUGAUGCUGAGAUCCUUAGAAGCAACAACACGCCUGGUAUACCAACGCCCCUAACGACUCCUACAGCAAUCCCUAGUAAGCUUAGGCAUGUGCCUAAGUCAAAGGCAAAUCCAAUUGCUGUCUCAGCCACUCGGACACCCGAUAAAUCCAGCACCAUUAUAAAAUCUUUUCCUCCACAAUCGCCUAACAGUGCCUCAAAUACCCCGACUCAAAUCGCAGCGUGUUUCCACCUGCCCCCCAGCCCGCAUACCGAGGCAGUUAGGCCGCAUAUGCCGAUUUUCCCUCCGUUUAAUAGAAAUCUUGCUCCAAUGGAAGCAAUGCAUUCCCCACCCCCUAACUUGUUUCCACCACGACCGUUUUACCAAUUUAUUCCUCAUGCUAGGGUCCAUACUGGAUCAGUUAACUCAUCCGAUCCUCAGUUUCGUUCCGGCGGGAAUGUGUUGCAGUAUCUGGCCCGCGGAUUUCCAGCCGAGAAGGAGUUAGCUAUCAAUGGUUACCAGUUUACCUGCCCGUCAUUCCCUCCCCCAAGUCCUAGCCCUUUUUAUCCACGUCAGAAUCUUUUGAUGCCACAAAAAUUUUUGCAGAACCGGAUGGUUACAUCCGGACCGUUUGCUCCGUGGGCAGCAAAGUACUAGACGACGCAGCCCACCUCCCUCGGAAACAAACAGUCUUUCCUCUCAAACGUUUUGCUCUAAACGACAGAUCCUUGCUUAAUAAGAUGCCUUUGCUUCAGACUGUGGUGUUCGUCCACCGUCCAGAUAUUGUUUUAGUAACUGCGACGUGGACAUCAGCCUCCAUAGCUGACUCCGAAAUCUCUCGUUUAGGCUAUACUUGCAUCUGAAAUGUUCGUCUAGAUGGCCGUUGUGGGGGCAGUUGCGUCUACGUUAAGCAAGCACUUACAUUUUUGCCGUUGGACCUCGCGCACUUUUCAGCAGUAGAAGGCAGCUGCUGGCUCCAGGUUGCACUAAAAAAUAAGUUCUCCUUACUCGUUGGCUGCGUCUAUCGCCCUCCCAACGCCAAUGACAAUUUUGAUAGUUUACUCUCACAGGCAUUUCAUGCUGCGGCCUACUUAAGCUUUAAGUAUCAAUUGGUUGCGAGUGACUUUAAUCUCCCUGAAGUCUGCUGGUCUCCGCCUUCAGGCCCCAGACAGUUCGAAGACUUUCUUGAGGCUGUGGGUGUUGGAAUGUGGACUCAGGUUGUCGAUUUUCCCACCCGAGGAUCAGGCAUACUUGACCUAAUUUUCUGUAGAGGCUGCAUACCAUCGUCAGUGUCAUCCCUAGGCCCACUCGGGGGCUCAGGCCAUGACAUAGUUGUUUCAACGUUGGAAUUCGAGGCUGACAAAACGUUGUCCCCAAAGUAUAACUUUUUCCGCGAUCUCCGAUCAACUCGCUCAACCGAAUUAUUAACGCACCUUAAUUCCUACGACUGGACUGAGUUCUUCUUUAGUUCGGAUGCAAAUGUUUGCACUGCAAAACUGUACGAAAUUUUGGAUCAGCUUAUUUCUCGUUGCGUCCCGCGUAAGAAAAUUAUUAAUGUUGGGGACGAGGUUAUUCUACCCUUACCCUUUCGUCGAUUCCAUCUUCAGAACGAAGUUUCAGUCCUGCCCUCGAUUUGUGAUAUUUUUGAGCGGGCUAAGAGGUUGUCUGAAGAAAAACAGCUAGCCGAGGAGAUCCAGUUUACCGAAAACCAUUCGUUCAGUGUCUCGAAACUUUCCUCUAGAAAAAUAUGAACUCACCGAAAGACGCAGCAUCCCACCCUCCGAGACGCUCUCGGAAAUCCCAUAGUUGAUGCCCAGUUAACCGCUGAUAGCUUCAAUGAUUUCUUGUCCAAAACGUUUAUUGAAGACUCGACCACUCCGCUUCCGACCAUCCGGGCACUGACUGGGUCAGUCCUAGAAACUAUAACUUUCACUCUGUGGGAUGUGACUGUUGCGAUUCGGCGUUUUCGUGAAUAUUAUAGUCCAGGCACUGAUGGUGUCCCAGUAAGCAUUUUAAAAGCCGAUGCAAAUACGAUUUUCACCUCCCUCUUAUGCAAGGUAUUUAAUCUCGCACUUGAAAGUAAAACUUAUCCUACCUUGUGGAAGGAAUCAAACAUUUUGCCCAUUCCUUAGCACGGCAAAUCUACGUCAUUUGAUGACUUUCGGCCAAUAAAAACCCUCUCCGCAGUUUCCAAGAUCUUAGAGACAUUGAUCAAAGAUAAGAUGAUGUGUCACUUAAUAAGGAAUAACCUACUGAGUGAUGCUCAGCAUGGAUUCCUCAAAGCUCGAUCUUGUGACACCUGACAACUCUCUUUCUUUGACUAUGUUCUCCAAUCUAAGGACAAUGGUUUUGCACUUUACACAGCAUAUUUCGAUUUCAUUAAGGCUUUUGACUGUGUUGACCAUGCUCUUCUUCUCUUGAAUCUGUCCUCUUUCGGAAUAGGUGGCAAACUUUUAAAUUUUAUAUCCCCUUACCCGGGCACUCGUACACAACGAAUUAAGAUUUCCAAUACUAUCUCCAACCCCACACGUGUGAGUAGUGGAGUCAUUCAGGGUAGUGUACUCGGCCCGCUUAUAUUUUGCCUUUUCGUUAAUGAUGUACCCGAUUUAUUUCAGAAUGGUAAACCUUUCAUGUAUGCCGAUGAUCUGAAUGUUGCAUAUCGAUGUAAGCCGGCAGAUCAUGACAUCGUGCUUGAGCUCCUAAAGAGCGAUCUACAGGCUUUCGCCCAGUGGUGCAGCACAUGGCGCCUUUCUCUUUCUUGGCAUAAGUGCUCAGUCAUGGUGGUUGGCGACGACCGCCAACCUCAACUAAGUAUUGAAGGUCACGCCAUAAAUGUGCCUGGGGUUAUUAAGGAUCUGGGCGUAUCAUACUCCAAGAGUCUCAAUCUCACGGAGCACUGUGCCUUGAUAGUCUCCAAAGCACGUAGAACGACCGGGUUUAUCCUCCGAAACUUUAAAACAAGGGACAUUAGAAUGCGCCUUUACAACAUGUACGUUAGACCUGGCCUGGAAUACUGUUCGUUUUUAUUUAGCCUCAUGCGUGUUACUGAGCGGAAGGAAAUAGAAUCCGUUCAACACUUUUUUAUCAAGAGAGUUUUAACCCCAGAACACCGACAUUUGUCUUACCAAGAACGUUGCCGGCUUACGGGCCUUGAUCCUUUAUGGUUCCGUUGAUUAAAAAAGGGACUAUUUUUGCUAUUUAAACUCUUGUAUAAUCACACAUUUAACCCACUCACUUCAAGCCGCUGGUUUUAACUUUGAAGAUAAGUGGGGGAUAUUAUUUUAAGUGGUUUUUCUGUGAGACCUAACGAUUUAGCCCCUGUUUUUUUUUGGUUGAAUUUCCUUAAAUACAGACCUCUUCUCUAAGAACUGGCUGCUGCCAUCUCCUUUCGAGUUCUGCUAGUCUAUGCCCGUUGUUCACUAAUCGCACUCUGCAAUUCUCAUUUUGUGCAUCCGAUUUCUCCCUAAUUGUUGUAAUUUAUUUUUACAUCGUUAGCCGCUAGCUGAAAUUCAGUCAACUUGUCUGCCAGAAGUUUUCUUAAUCACAAAUUGCCUCGAGACAAGAUGAGACCAAAAGUCACUGGUCGACGUAAGCUCUCGGCUCUUGUAAGUAAACAUGGCCUAACUAAACGUAAGUCAGAAGCUUUACCUAAAUCUAAGUCAGAUGAUAUUACUAGUCAGUCGUCACCCGUUGUAAUUGGUCGGCAGCUUAAUCUGUCUGCACUUGACCACUGCAAUGACUUAGGCUAAAUUUUGGCUCUUUGCUGACAAUUCUUGGACAUUUAUUCGACGGGAACAUCUCCGAUAUUCCCUCUGAAGAAUGUAGGCGUCUCGACUCACUUGUUCACCUGAUCGCCAGUGAAUCUAGUGAUAGACAGAAGCGUUCUUACAACUUCCUGCUAAAAAAUGUUCCUCGAUCUGCUCGGCCAAUUGAUGUUGCGACCAAUUUCCUGUAUUCAUGUGGUUUCAACUAUAAAAUAGCUGAUGCCAAACGCUUGUCCUCCCGUAGUACAAAUCCACCCAUCUUAGUCAAAUUGUUUUCAUCAAUCGAGGUUGACACAAUCUUUACUCAUCGAGAGCGUGUCCCUGCGUACCUAGAGAAGGCAACAUUUUUCCUUUGUCAUGAUCUUACUCCUAUGGAGCGUAGAAUCGGGUCUCUAUUCUCGCGUAAACCCACUGCUUCUCAGUCUAAUGCUCCCCAACUCGGUCAUAAUACAAGUGGCCGUAAGGAUUCAGCUUCUCCUACUCCUGCGACAUCUGACUCCCUCCUUCCUCUUUCUCCUUCAUCUCCAUCUCACUCAAGUCACUUGACGCAUUUGCCUGCCCCCAAACUAGCUGCAGCAGCAGCCCCAUUUGACGUUUCGUAUCCUCCGGAUAGUCCUGCUGAGACACAUGAAAAUCCGCCUACAUCAGCUAGACCGAUAACUUCUAUUGUCCAACUGGGUGCUGUAAGGUCUACAGCUAAGUCACCCGUGGCUUGGCGUCAGAACGGUGAGACUCGAAAAUUGAAUCAGACUCCGACCCAAAAGAUAGGUAGUACAGUUCCGUUUAGGUGUACGACGCCUUCUCUUAGAUCUAACAUGCCUCUUCAGCCCAGCACGUCUACAAACCACGCAGCUCCAAUUAUAUCCCCGAAUAAUUCUCUGUCCUGCGUACCGGUUACUUAUCAAAGCCCUACUAUAUAUCCAGCAAAUAAUUCAUACAUGAAUUGCCCUAAAUCAUUUAUGCCCCAAACUAGUUCAGGCUUCCCAAAACUUAAAGCCAUUUGCUCUCAGGUACGUCAACCUAUCUCCUUUGACGUCCAAUCUAGACCUGGUUUCCCACCAUUUCAUUCUUUUAGUGGCCUACCCUCACACAUUAGCCCCUACUUUCCUUCUAGCCUCCCUCCUCCUCCCCUUCCUCCAUUAUUUAACUACCAACAAGUCUAUCCAUGUUCUAACUCCCCUAGCAUUCCAAUGUUUGAAAACUAUAUCCCCACAUCCUUUAGGUCUCAUACUCAGCCUUCUCUCGCUGACUCCCCGUACGUCAGUAACUCUAAAUUAACUGGUACUUAUUCUCAAAGUGUCAUUUAUUCACAGCUUACAUAUCCGCCUCCAAAUUUUUUUUAAAAUACCGUCGAAAAUAGCAUUGCCGUUCGAAACACAUUAGAUAUUAUAUUAUUGAAUGCCAGGUCAGUUAUAAACAAGAUGGCCCAAAUCAGAGCCAUUGCUCUGGAAAUGACGCCUGAUAUUAUAUGUGUAACAGAAUCUUGGACCCAUUCUAUAAUUCCUGACUCUGCCCUUCUCAUAGAUGACUUCGAUUUUUACCGCCAAGACCGCACGACUAGGCGUGGGGGUGGUUGUCUUCUUUAUCUUAAAUCCUACCUAAAGCACUCUCCCUAUUACUUGGAUGUUUCCUCAUUCACGGGAAAUGUCUGCUUUGCAUCUGUUAUUCUCUAGCCGCAAAGAAAGGCAAUUAUUGGCUGUAUCUACAAUCCCCCAAAUUCUUUAGCCAGUGAUGAUUCACAACUCUGUGAAAUCUUUAAAUUAAUUUCGGAAGCUGCUUUCGAUGUUAAAAUAAUCACUGGGGAUUUUAACCUUCCUGAAAUAGACUGGGUUUCCAAUAGCUGCCCACCCAGAUUCCAGCCCUUUCAAGAUAUUAUCAAUUUUUCUAAUUGGUCCCAACUGGUGCGCUCUCCAACAAGAGAUAAUCACAUUUUAGAUCUAAUCUUUACCAAUGACAUUGCUCCUCUUUCUGUUGCUUUAAAAAAGGACCUCUUUGACAGUGACCACGUAUUAAUUCAUUGUUGCCUACCGCUUGCCUUUUUAAAAAAGACAAGCGCCGUUCAGACUUACGUGAACUACGACUGCGUAGAUAACGACUUAAUAAAUAACUAUAUGAGAUCCUUGGAUUGGUGUGGCUUCCUCACUUGUAGCGAUGUAACCAUUCUUCGUGAUGUCAUGUCCAAUGUUUCCAAGGACAUUCUAGAGUUUUUGCCGCGUAGAUAUCUCAAGCCUAAUUCUUCAGAUUCCCUUGUUCCUCAUUUUUUUCAGAACACACUGUCUCAGUUUUUUCAAUCGGUUUUUACGGAGGAGUCCCUAGAAGACAAUCAGCAGUUUGAAAUGGACCGAGACAGCCGGGAGCUUCAAAUGCGCCAAAAUAUUGCCGUCAUUAAAACCGUCGCCUUUUCCGUCGAAGAAGUCAGACGCGUCCUCAGUCAAAUAAAACCUGAUAAGUCUGGACCCGACGGAAUUCCCGGGCUGAUACUUAAGGAGCUAUCAACGGAGCUGUCAAAGCCUCUUUCGACUCUCUUUGAGCUGUCAAUGAGAACAGGAAGGCUGCCCUCACAGUGGAAGACAGCUAACCUCGUUCCAUUGCAUAAGGGAGGUAGCAGGAUGACAGCAAGCAGCUUUCGACCUAUUAGCUUAACUUGCCUCCCUUGCAAAACGAUGGAAGCUAUAGUAAAGAACGCUAUACAGCAAUUUUGUGAAGAAAAUAACAUCUUACAGGAUUUUUAACAUGGCUUCCGAAGAGGACGUUCCUGCCUCUCAAAUCUGCUAGCUUGUCUGGAGAUCUGGACCAGGGCUCUAGAAGAGGGUUUUGAGGUCGAUGUCGUGUACAUCGAUUUCCGCAAAGCUUUUGACACUGUUCCACACCAACGUCUUCUUCACAAAUUGAGCGACAUUGGCAUCCAGGGAGAUCUUCUGAACUGGAUUAGGGCGUUUCUGGUUGGUCGGAAACAACGUGUCUGUAUCGGGGAUGAUAUGUCAGAAUGGGUGAAUGUGACCAGUGGUGUGCCGCAAGGCUCAGUUCUGGGACCAUUGCUCUUCAUCCUUUACGUUAACGACAGCCUUCAGGAACUCGACUGCGGCAAAAUAAUGUUUGUAGACGACGUUAAGCUCUGGCAAGUCAUUAAGGGUCCGAAUGAUCAGAGAUCCCUUCAAGAUAAUCUGCACCGACUGCAAGCGUGGUCGAAGAAAUGGCUUCUAGAUUUCAAUGUGGAGAAGUGUGCCGUCCUUCAUCUGCGUCCAACCAACUCUCAUUCAAAUGAGAGUCUGAGGACUUAUCACCUGAAAGAUAUAAGGCUCCCCGCAGAAUCUUCACAGAAGGAUCUCGGGGUUUGGAUACAGAACAACCUGAAACCAACACUGCAGUGUCACAAGGCUGCAAAAAACGCCAUGGGAGUGCUGCAUGCAAUAAAAUGA